GUUCAGGCGCGACCCCUUUGUGAAGGGGAGACGCCGUGGGGAGCGCCUGGUCGCGAUGUGCCGCCGCCCGCGGGAGCUCGGCAGGGACGGAGGGGUUUUUGCGAGGCGGUGGCGGCUAGCUGUCCUCCCCCGGUCAGGGACGAGGAGCGCCGGAGCAGCCUGCCUCCGGCUUCGGCAGCUCCGUCCCGGGAGCAGCAGGGCAUCGGGCGCAGGGAGGGAGGGAGGGGGGACACACACACACACGGACACGACACCGACGACGACGGGACUCACCCGGCCUCGGCGGGACGGGGCUGGGGCCGCCGCUGCCGCCGCCUGGAGGAACUUUCCAGGAACCGCAUCAUGUGACAGGACCCGCUCCGGCGCCUCCACCGUGAUCGCGGCCAGCCGGGGCCGACGCACCGAGCCGCCGCCCCUGUCACGCCGGGGCAGCGGUCGCCUAACCCUGCUCCGCACCGCCCGCUUCCCCCACCCCACCCUCCCCUUCCUCCUCCUCAGCCCGCGGAGCCGCGGGAGACGCGCGGCGAGCAGGUGGUUGCCAGUGAUGUUACAGAUAGAAGCAGCCAUGGCAGGAGGGAGCGUGAGCUUUCCAGUGGAACAUGUGAUGGUGGGGAUCUGCUCCAGCAUGUUCAUUCCUUCAACCCCUCCCCCUUCUCUCCAAGAAAAAUGUGAAGCUCUUCAAGUCCUCCUUGCAGGAGUCUCAACUGGGGCAUCUCUCAACUGGAUUGGACAAUCUUGAUGACUCAGGUUGUUUAGAGAACAGUAAUUACGUGUGUUCCUGUUGGGCUCCAAGGAAAGCAGUCCAAGAAUUACAAGUAGUAAAGAAGGCCAACAGCAUCUAGGACUGUACUAAGUGGACCAAGGGAAGGGAUUAUCUCUCCCUCUACUCAGCACCUGUCAGACCACAUCUAGAUACUAUGGCCAGUUUGGGGCCCUUUUAUUAAAGAUAAACUUGAGCGACUUCAGCAAAGGCCUGCCAAGAUGGUCAGGGGCUGCAGCACCUGCCCUGUGGUGAGAGGUUGAGGGACUGGAGCUGGCUCAGCCUCGAGCAGAGACAGUUUUGGGAGACCUAAGAGCAGCCCCCAGCAACUAUGUAUGAGGACUGGGGCUAUUGAGGAGAGGGAGCCAGUCUGUUCACAGGGGUGCAUAGUGGGAGGACAUGAAACAAUAAGUUGAAGUGAGAGGCUCUGACUAG